GUAGGGAAACGCAUGGGACAUAUAUGUAAGAAACAUCAACACUUGUUAUCAAAUAUGUGGCUUGCUAGGCGACUUGCGACAUCUUUUGUACUCAAAGGACAUUGUGGUCUGUUCUCUUAUACUUUGAGAUCCCCGCCUGCGAAUGACCUUAGAUUAUUCCACUGCGCUUGCUACAGGAGAAGCGGAAUCACGGUCGCUGGUUUCAACACCGUGAAUGGGUCUGAUUCGUCUGAAUUUUGCCACGACGACAACAAACCUCUGGACUCAUGUUAUACAGCAGAUCAGCGUUCUGUCAUUCUUCAGCGCCUCAACACUGCUACAGAGUCUGAACUGGCACAGAUCAAACUGCUGAGAGGAAGAAAAGCUGUAAACAUUCUCAGCUAUAGAACUAUGCAUGGACCAUUCAACAGUCUGGAAAGUGUCAUUAAUGUGCCCUUACUGAAGCACAAGAGUGCUGUCAUAGUCUUUAACUCCAUACUUAAAUCAGAUGAGAUGAAGGACAGGAGAAAGGGAAAAAUCCACCUGGCUAAAUUUAUAAGACCUGAAGUUGACCGAGCACUUUUGAAAGAAGCAAGCUCUAUUAUAUCUAUUGUUUUUGGAACGAAUAAAAUCGCGUGGACACAUAUGGAUCGAGCAAAAAAUGUCUUAGACUGGCAGCAGGAAGAGUGCAAGAGUUUCAUGAAUGGGACGUACAUGGCAUCAGAUUAUUUGGCUGAUAUCUCUGCUGCUAUUUCAAAAUUUCCUGCCGCUGACUUCUUUGUGGUGGAGAAGCCAAGUAUCUCACCGCAGAACACAUCCCUUUUUCCAGUCAUGGCUCACCUUCGGACAGUUGAGGCCAUGCUUUUUGCUUUGCUAACCCCAGUGAGGGAACCAGGAAGAUCCCCCAAAGUACUUAACAUGAUGCGUACAGCUGUGGGUCGGCAUUUUGACCUGAUGGUGGGGGACAGUCGGGCAAGUGGAGCUGAGACCGUAAGGAAUAUGAUGACAGAGUCUGUAAUGAAGCAGGAGCCACGAGUUGUUUUUCCCCACAAUUUGGUGGUAAAGCACAGAAACUCCUUUCAGAUGAGCAGCAAGAACAGAGGGGAAGAAUUGUGUGAUACUCUUCUGCAGGCUGUUGCAUUUUUUGAACUUCUGCGGGAGUAAACCCCUAUGAAUGACUUUUGCUAAUUCGUUGUAUAAAUUGAAACAUUACGCACUUGGUCAACUUAUCCCUUUCAUUAACACUGUGUCUACACCGGACGCGACUGGCGGAAAGUGACCUGACACACGGCUUGUUGUAGAAGGAUUGUCGUGCUGUGCCAUAUCCUGUGUGGACACAAUUUGAAUUUAUAAUGGAUUCUACUCUGUUCUUUUUUCGUGUCUGGUGUAGACAUGGAAUGAUGCCAAGCUGCAUGUGCAAUGAAACAAUUUAGAGAAUCUUUAAGUUAUUAAGGAAAUAAAAGAACACAAACAAAUUAUUUUAUAUUUAAGUUUAUCUUAUACAGGACUUGUUAAAUGCUGAAGCUUCAUAGAAGUAAUAAGAGGAUAUGUAACCUAAGUUAGCCCUUGUGGAACUAGACUUGGAUCUAAAUCUAAAAUGACUGACUUCCAAACUAUAUAAUAUGCUAAAUUAUUAUUUUCUAAUAUUAAUUAAAAAAAGUAAUGGUCUACUGCUUUGAGCAUGCUCCGAUGAACAUUUCUAUACCAUGAGACCAUGGAAGCUGAGGAAUAACUAAUUUCCAAGAGUAAGUAGAAAUAUACCAGGCGACUGUGAGAUGGGUCUCUAAGUGAAAUAGGACUCAAUAAUUAUAUACCUUUGGGUAAACUCUACUGCGCAACAGGUGAGUAAAUUAUGCUGUUGUCAUAGAUCAACAAACUUAGAAUCUGCAUAUUUUUGCAGUGUAGUUCCAGUUAUAGGGUCGACUACUUCAAUGGACCAAAGACAGUUCUGCAGAAUAACAAUACAUUUCUGUUUGAAGAAUUUUUACAUCUACACACAGUGUUUAAUCAACUUUGAGUCUUAAGAGUUGUAAACCUCAUGGUUUAAUGUUUAUUAGUUAUGUUGCAGUUUUAUUUUGUUAUCUCUAGUGAUGCACUGAAAUGACAAUUUCCCGAAACCUAAAAUUGGUUCCGUUAAAAACUUAAAUGCAUUUAAAAAUGGCUUUCUUAAUAUUUGUGUUGAUUUUCUGAAUAAUUGCAUGUUUAUUAAAAAACUUUAAGUCAAUAAACUAAUAAAAAAUU